CCCCAAUUCCUUUUGCGUUGACCAAUUGCCGUUGACUUUGUGACUGCUCUGUCACAACUCUUGAUUUUUAUAUUAUAAUUUUUGCAACGUACGAGUAAACAAAGUUUUGUCAAUAUGCCUUCAGAUUAAUGUUGGUAAACGAAACGUUUGAUCAUCACUUUAUCUGAGUAACACCUGGACCUAACCUUACUUAUUGUGGUGUCAAAGUAAUCGUUCAAUAUGAUGAUGGAUUAUUUUGUUACGAAUAAUUCUCUGGCUCCGGCCCCUAUGGGGAUUCAAAGUACUGCGGGAGCAGUUCCAGUAAAAAAUGAUAAAGGUGAACUGUCUAUGAAAAAAGUGAAAGUUCAUCGAUAUGUAUCUGGAAAACGCCCUGAUUAUGCUCCUGCUGCUAGCUCUGACGAAGAAUCGGAGGAUGAAGACUUCAUGGAAAGACGUAUUCAUAAAGGCUACGAUGAAGGCGAAGCAAUUACAGAUGGCCCAUCCCAAUCUGAGAGUAGAAUACAAGAUGAAGAUGAUCCACGACUAAGGCGUCUCACACGGUUGGAAAGACAAAGAGAAACAAAUGUAGAGGUUCGUGUUGAGAGACACCGACAUAUACACGAACCAGAGGUAAUAGAAACAGAGCCAGAGAGGUCAAGAGAAAGAAUUAAGCUUGAAAGCUCGGAUUCUUCGGAAGAUGAAGAACUCUCAGAUGCAGAAAUUGAAAAACGUCGUGAGGCAUUAAAACAAAGAGUAUUGUCUAAAAAAGAUGUGGAAGAGGAAUUAAUACAAGGAGAGGAAGAUGAAAAGUCUGCUGACAGUUCAGAGGAAAGUUCCGAGUACGAAGAAUAUACAGAUUCUGAAGAGGAAACGGGUCCUAGAUUAAAACCAGUUUUUGUUCGUAAGCGAGAUAGAAUUACAGUCAUGGAGAAAGAGAAAGAGGUUAUGAAGCAAAAACAAGCAGAGCAGGAAGCUAAAAAGCUGGCUGAGGAAAGAAAAAGGCAAACCCUGAGAAUGGUGGAGGAAGUAAUUCGUAAAGAAACUCAAGUAGGGAAAGGUACUAACGACCAAGAAGGUCAUCUCAAUGAUAUUUGCACAGAUGAUGAAAAUGACGAAGUAGAAUAUGAAGCUUGGAAACUAAGGGAAUUAAAGAGAAUAAAACGUGAUCGUGAGGAACGAGAACAACUUGAAAAAGAACGUCUAGAAAUAGAAAGAAUACGCACUAUGACUGAGGAAGAACGCAGGCAGGAAUCACGACUUAAUCCAAAACAAAUUACAAAUAAGGCUGCCAAAGGGAAGUACAAGUUCUUGCAAAAGUACUAUCAUCGUGGUGCAUUUUACUUGGACAAAGACGACAAUAUAUUUAAACGAGACUUCUCUGGGGCAACUUUGGAAGAUCAUUUCGAUAAAACUAUUCUUCCCAAAGUAAUGCAAGUAAAGAACUUUGGUCGAAGUGGUAGAACUAAGUACACACAUUUAGUGGAUCAAGACACUACGCAGUUCGACUCACCUUGGAUAUCUGAAACAGCUCAAAAUUUGAAAUUUCAUAAUAAUCAAGCUGCAGGAAUGAAACAAGUUUUCGAUCGUCCUUCGUUGAAAAAACGAAAGGAUGAAAAUUAAGUGAUAUUCGUAAUAACGUAUUUAUAAUUCUGUAACUAUAGGCCGAUGUUGCACGAACAUGUUCAACAUAAAGAUAAUAUAAGAUACAUUUUCAUAAUCAUGAUUAGGAUAAUUCAAAAUUUCGUAGGAGUACGUACGUACAUCAAUGUACAUAAGCAGUAAUCAAUAAAAACUUACUGGAAGCUGA